AAGGCCCCAUCAGGACUCUUUCCCUCCAGCUGACCCCGUUGUCUCCUCUUCUCUUGAUUGACCCCCAAGGAUGGACAAGGACAGGAAUGAGAUGACUAAGAGAAUAUUACACUUCACCUUGGAGAUCCUCCACCUGCUGACCGGAGAGGAUUACACCAUAGUGAAGAAGACAUGGGGGGAGUGUGUGGUAUCCAGCAGCCAUGAGUCAGGAGGGCGGAGCAGGGCCCGGGGCCCCAUCACGGAGCCUCCACCUCACUCACCGAUAUAUGAGGAGAAGAUCCUAGAACUCACCCACAGGAUCACUGAGCUGCUGACUGGAGAGGUUCCUAUAAGGUGUCAGGAUGUGGCGGUCUAUUUCUCCAUGGAGGAGUGGGAGUAUGUAGAAGGACACAAGGAUCUGUACCAGGACAUGAUGGAGGACCCCCGGCCCCUCACAUCACCAGAUGGAGUCAUCGAUAGAAAUCCACCCGAGAGGUGUCCCCGCCCUCUGUAUUCCCAGGACUGUCCAGAGGGAAAUGUCCCAGAGAAGCAUCAGGGGGGAGAUCUGACUAAUUAUAAAGUGGAGGAUGAAGAAGAGAGGAUGAGGGCCCAUCACCCGUGUAUGAGGGAAGUGAAGGAGGAAAUUCCAGGAGGUGUUACCCAAGAAAACCCCAGAAAGAAUUUUAACGGAAACCUCAUGUUAUCGCUGAAUUUUAAAGAAGAAGAUGAAGAUAUUAUGCAGCACUCCCCAGAAGAGAACUUCCUCACCCUUAAUGCAUAUCCAGGACUCCAUAGUAGACAUCCAUCAGAUAAUAAUCCCCCUAAUCAUGAGAAACCUUCCCUUGGCCAACCACGCAUUGUUACCACAAGUACAGAUCAGAAAGGGAGAAAAAGGAUUCAAUGUGAUGAAUGUGGAAAAGAGUUUACAAGAAAAUCAGGUCUUUAUACACACAUAAGAAUUCACACAGGGGAAAAGCCGUAUUCAUGUUCAGAAUGUGGGAAAUGCUUUACAAGUAAAUCAGCACUGGUAAAACAUAAUAAAAUUCACACUGGAGAGAAGCCAUAUUUAUGUUCAGAAUGUGGAAAAUGCUUCAUAUGCAAAGCAGCUCUGGUAAAACACGUGAGAAUUCACACAGGAGAGAAGCCAUAUUCGUGUUCAAGAUGUGAGAAACGUUUCACGAAUAAAUCAAAUCUUGCCACACAUGAGAGAAUUCACACAGGAGAGAAGACCUAUUCAUGUUCAGAAUGUGGUAAAUGUUUUAUAAAUCACUCGAAUCUUGUAAAGCAUGGAAGAAUUCAUACAGGAGAGAGGCCGUAUUCAUGUUCAGAGUGUGGGAAAUGUUUCUCUAGUAAAUCACAGCUUGUUAUACAUGCAAGAAAUCACACAGGAGAAAAGCCAUAUUCAUGUUCAAAAUGCGCUAAAUGCUUUAUGAGUAAAUCGCAUCUUUGUACACACGAGAGAAGUCACACAGGAGAGAAGCCAUAUUCAUGUUCAGAAUGUGGGAAACGCUUUUUAAAUAAAUCACGUCUUGUCAUACAUGAGAGAAUUCAUACAGGAGAGAAGCCGUAUUCCUGUUCAGAAUGUGGGAAAUGUUUUAGAAAUAAAACAAAUCUUGGAACACAUGAAAGAAUUCACACAGGAGAGAAGCCAUAUUCCUGUUCGGAGUGUGGGAAAUGUUUUACACACAAGUCACAUGUUGUUACACACAAGAGAAUUCACACAGGAGAGAAGCCAUUUUCAUGUUCAGAAUGUGGGAAAUGUUUUAUUACUAAAGUAAAACUGAGGAUUCAUCACAGAAGUCACACAAGAGAAAGGUGAUUCUAUCCAAAAUCAUCAAAAAUUUUAAUAGAAUGUCUGGAAAGUGAGAAAAUCUUUUUUUUUAACACAUUUGGGUAUUAUACAGCCAAAAGAGGACAUGUUUUUUUAGGAAACAGUUGUGCAGGGAGAGAAGCAACUUUGAGCCUAAAACCUCGAAUAGGACCUGGUUGUUGGCAUAUGGACAGAGAAGCCAUCUUCACUCCUGAUGGAUCUAGUGAGGGUCAUUGGGAGGACAUGGCCGUCUCCUUCUCUGUUCCUGAUGGAUCUAGUGAGGAUCAUUGGGAGGACAUGGCCGUCUCCUUCUCUGUUCCUGAUGGAUCUCGUGAGGAUCAUUGGGAGGACAUGGCCGUCUCCUUCUCUGUCCCUGAUGGAUCUCGUGAGGAUCAUUGGGAGGACAUGGCCGUCUCCUUCUCUGUCCCUGAUGGAUCUAGUGAGGGUUAUUGGGAGGACAUGGCCGUCCCUUCUCUGUUUCUGAUGGAUCUAGUGAGGGUCAUUGGAAGGACAUGGCCGUCUCCUUCUAUUUUCCUGAUGAAUCUAGUGAGGAUCAUUAGGAUGACAUGGCAGUCUCCUUCUCUGUUCCCAAUGGAUCUAGUGAGGAUCAUUUGGAGGACAUGAUCGUCUCCUUCUCUGUUCCUGAUGGAUCUAGUGAGGCUCAUUAGGAGGACAUUGCCAUCUCCGUCUCUGUUCCUGAUGGAUCUAGUGAGGUUCAUUAGGAGGACAUGGCCAUCUCCUUCUCUUUUCCUGAUUAAUCUAGUGAGGAUCAUUAGGAGGACAUGUCCAUCUCCUUCUCUGUUCCCAAUGGAUCUAGUGAGGUUCAUUAGGAGGACAUGGCCAUCUCCCUCUCCAUUCCUGAUCUAGUGAGGUUCAUUAGGAGGACAUGGCCGUCCCUUCUCUGUUUCUGAUGGAUCUAGUGAGGAUCAUUAGGAGGACAUGACCGUCUCCUUCUCUGUUCCCAAUAAAUCUAGUGAGGAUCAUUGGGAGGACAUGACCGUCUCCUUCUCUGUUCCUGAUGGAUCUAGUGAGGCUCAUUAGAAGGACAUGGCCAUCUCCCUCUCCAUUCCUGAUCUAGUGAGGUUCAUUAGGAGGACAUGGCCAUCUCCAUUCCUGAUUGAUCUAUGAGGAUCAUUAGGAGGACAUGGCCAUCUCCCUCUCCAUUCCUGAUUGAUCUAUGAGGCUCAUUAGGAGGACAUGGCCAUCUCCCUCUCCAUUCCUGAUGGAUCAAGUGAGGUUCAUUAGGACAUGAACGUCUCCUUAUCUGUUCCUGAUGGAUCUACUGAGGUUCAUUAGGUGGACAUGGCCAUCUCCCUCUUUAUUCCUGAUGGAUCUAGUGAGGCUCAUUAGGUGGACAUGGCCGUCUCCCUCUUUAUUCCUGAUGGAUCUAGUGAGGCUCAUUAGGAGGACAUGACCUCUAAGAAUUUGCUCUUAGCCUCGGUAGUGACAGGUUUGCUCAGGCCUAACAAAGCCAGGAGAAAUGUCAGACGAAAUUCAAAUUCGGAGCUCCACCGAAAGAACGAUCAUGUUUAUCUUCCAGCAGAAUCGCUUAGAUAUACAUUUCCCUCUAUGGAGACAACGCAUGUCUGACAGGCCCCAGCGCUGACUGAAUAUCUUCGGGUGGAGACUCCAUAAUGUGAACGUUCCCUUAUGUGCGGUGCUGGUCGUGUGGCUUUGUCUAUUUUCGAACUUAUCCUACUGUGUGGAAGUUUGUGAUGAGCCAAACGUCUCUACCAAGGAGAUGGCGAAGCCUUAACACAAGGAUGGUCAGAGGUGGAAUCACCCAAAUUAUACUGAGGUGACUGAGCGGGAUCCAUGGUGGAUGAGUACUGGGGAUAUAAGGAAGAAAAAGUCACCAACUUCCCUGCCUAUUACUCCACAUAAAGUCACCUUCACCACAAGAGAAUCCCACGUGACAGUGGAAAAGUCAGGAUACCCCACGUGAUGGCUUUUAGUUGUUGUUUUUUUAACAUGUGAACGUCAGUAUUUAUCUUUUUACAAUGCAUGAACAGAGAUCAAAAUGACAGAUAUAAAUAAAAAAUCUG